UCUUUAGAGCAGUUCUGACGCCAUAGGUAACUGAAGGUCCCAAUCGGUGUCAAAGAACAACAACUUGAGCGGGAAACUUGCUGUAACUCCCUGCAUCGCCUCAAGAGCUGUCCCUGCAACACUACAAAUGAGACGCACUAGGUUGCAUUGAGUCACUGCGUGUUAGCGUGACAUUUCUCUGCAGGUGGGAAAUUACAUCUUCGAAGCCCACCAAGUGUUGACGGCCAGCAGCAGUGAUGGGAACCAUUCUCUCAUUAUCUCCGACAUCUCAGAAGACGACUAUUGUGGUCGAUGGACCCGAACCUAACGAGAAAAGCCUUAAGAAACAUUCUGUCCUGGAAUCAGCCUUGUCGUUGAAACGAUUUGUUACCUCUUCGGCUAGGAGGAACAUUGGCAAAAAAGUUAACCCGGAUCCCCAGCAACUAAAUAACGAAAAUUUGAAAAAGGCACAGCACUUGAGUCCGAAUCGCGAAUCAGUGCCGGUACCGGCAGUACCUUCUCAGGAUCCCCCCCUGACACCCUCUCAAAGUGGCAAAAAGGUCAUUUCUGUGCAAAAACAACCGAGCAAUUUAUCCUUAGUCUCUCCCAGACGGGUGAUCGUCCAAGCAUCGACUGGCGAGCUUCUGCUGUGUCUCGGAGAAUUUUUUUGCAGAAGGUGUAAUAAGAUCAAAGGACUCAACCCGAAUGAUAUUAUCGUUUGGUUCCGGAAUGUAGACCGAACCCUUCUGUUACAGGGCUGGCAGGACCAGGGCUUCAUCACACCAGCUAGCUUGGUGUUCGUCUACUUGAUCUGUAGAGAAACUGUCACUGAUAAUGUUUGCGACCGUGGCGAACUUCAGGGCAUCUUUCUUUCCUGCCUGUAUAUGGCUUACUCAUACAUGGGCAACGAAAUCUCUUACCCCAUCACUCCUUUCAUGGUGGAGGGCAACCGGGAUACUUUCUGGGAUCUGGCACUAGGUAUCAUUGAUAACAUAAGUGAUAAAAUGCUGCAAAUCAAUAUUGAUCCUCAUGUUUUCACUGAGGUGUUUCAGGAGCUCAAAGGCGAGGGUGAGACGAAAGACGCAAAGGGAAGUGACCUGGAUCGUUGAGAUAUCAUUUGAAUGCUUUGUUGAUUGUAUGGACAUUACAUGAUUUCUGUUUGUCUCAGUGGGGUGGCAUAUCCUGCAGGGACAUUAAUCUUUAUUUUGCUUCAAAACAGUGUUAAUACCGCUUGUUAAAAUUUAGAAAUCAGUGUUUGGGCACCAAGAGGUUUAUAUACAAUAUUUGCAUGCUGAAGAGAUUGUGGACUUUCCCAUUCAACUGUAUCUCUGUGGUACCAUGCUGUGACGAAUACUGCUUUAACUAUGAAGUUGUGUUUCCAUUCACUUUACUGUCUUUCGUUGUUCUUUAGAACACAAACAUUUCAAGGCAGCGUUGUAAGGUUGACAAAGGGAACUAUCCAAGGUGCUGGCCCGGGCCUGGCCAGAAUGCAGGUCGACUUUGUUAAACUUCAAAUAACUUUUGAAGACAAGAUGUCCAAUGUGCCAACAGACGUUGUUUGAAAUAGCUCUUGACAUAUUUUAUAUUUAUUGCUGAUCUGAAUGUUUUGUGGUUUUAUUUGAGGCUCUAUUGGUACAUUUUAGCACUUUUUCUGAACCGGGAGAAAUCAGUUAAACUGGUUUGUAAGUUGUUUAAUAUGCCUAUUUUUGUAGGCCUGUUCACUAGAACAGCUAGACCAUAAUCCAUUCCAGAACAAUAACAGGUUUAAUUUAUUUUGCUGUAAACUGUGCACAUGUGGUCAGGCAUGUACGUGAGGUAUUGUUAAGACCGAAUACACUGCCCUGUUAAACCUUGAAUCAACAGUUGCCCUCAGAGGGCAUAUAGCACAGUCCGCAACUCCUCUUAGACUGUAUCACAGUGACAGGGGGGUUUACCUUGUUCUUUUCAACCCACUUGAAUUACAUUUAAAAAGUAAUUUUAAAGGGAGAUUUCACAGCCCUCUAUAGGCAAAUAUUAUGUACACAAGGUUUACUGUUACAAAAUGUCGGUAUGUAUACAGAGUUUAAAAAACCUGCCGACUGCUGGACUCUUGAAUAAUAAAGGCACUGAUACAAA